ACGAGUGUGCUGCCCCGGGGUGUUGGGAGACGCACUCCGAGGGCACGCAAUAAAUACUUUUGAAACUCUCACCAUUCAGUCGCCCCUAAAUCAACACAACAUCUCACCAUCCUCAACAUAAACGCGUCUUCCAACAUCUGUACUGGUGCAGUCAUCGGGAGGACAAAUCCUUCAAGCACACUGCAGCUACUAUAAAGAAGAAGAGAGAGUAGCUGGUGCUUAAGGCACUGGUUCGCAAACUGCACACGUCUUAGAGAAGAAGAAAGCACUUGGUGUCGUCUUCCAUUUGUCUUCCAUUUGAUUCUCUGUUUGGGGUGGAGUACUGGCAUUUAUCUUCCCGGAGGGAGGGAAGCCAGGGUGUCGCUAAGCACGCUUUAGUAGUUAGGAGCUGCACCUCAUAAAUUUGUGGAGCCACAUUCAUCUUUGAGGCAAAGACUGCAUCAUCAUGCUGAUUCAACUAAUCGAGAGAGUAAGUCAUAAGAUAUGGAGACAUAUAGUGAAGCGAGAGAGGCGGCGCCGGGGCCGUCAGCGCAAAGCUCAAGAAAGGGAUCUCAAAUAUCAAGAAGAACAAGCAGCCCUGUUGCAGGACCCUACUUUUGUGGCAGAACUAGAGAGGAUAGAACUGCUGGAGGAGGAGGCCCGCAGGAUGGAGGAGCAGGAGGCUGCAAGGAUGAAAGAAGAAUGGCAAUUACGUGAUGCAGCUCUCCACUCCAAAUUUUUAAGGGAAAAACAGAAGAGGCUUUUACAGAAGGAACAGCAAGAGAAACAAGAGGCACUGAUAAAGAAAGAAUGGGAAGAGAAGCAAAAGAAGGAAAAGGAAGAAGAGGAGAAAAGGAAAGAAGAACAGACUGCCUUGUUACAAGCUGCAACAGGAAGUCUUGGAGAGAGGGAGGGUGAGGAAAUGCACAACCCAGAGCCUCCACCAGGAUUUACCAGAAAAGAUUAUACUCACCAGAAAGGAGAACCUUGUCCAUUUUUUUCCAAAACUGGAGCCUGUCGCUUUGGUAUUCAGUGUUCUAGAGAACACGAGUACCCUGAAAGCAGCCGAACAAUAUUGCUCCCCAAUAUGUAUUCUCAUUUUGGAAUGGAGCAGUUAUCUUUUGAAGGGAAUGAUGCAGAUAUUGCAUUAGAAUAUACAGACUCUGAAACUUACGAACAUUUUAGGGAGUUCUUUGAUGACACACUUCCAGAAUUUCAGCGGUGUGGAAAUGUAAUUCAGUUCAAGGUUUGCUGCAACACUAGUUCUCACUUACGUGGCAAUGUUUAUGUGCAGUAUUCAAAAGAGGAAGAUGCCUUACAGGCAAGAGCUUUCUUUAAUGGGCGAUGGUAUGCUGGACGUCAGUUAACUUGCCUCUUUGUUACCAUAGACAGGUGGAAAUCUGCUCUCUGCGGAUUAUUUUGGCGUCAACGAUGCCCUAAAGGUGGUCAGUGUAACUUCCUCCAUGUGUACCGUAACCCAGGCAAUGCCUUCUGGCGGGCCGAUCAGGAUACACAGUCACAUGAAUAUUCAAAGAAUUCUCAGACUCCAAAAUAUUGUCAUAGAGGACACUCAGAAAGGAGCAUAAAGUCCAGGAGGAGAAGAGGACUAGUAAAGAGCCCUCACAGGUCAAGGUCAGCUAGCGAGAUCGAAAGCUCGGGCAGCGAUAACACCCCAAGAAGACAGUCACCCAAACCAAAAAGUAGAUCGAAGAGGUCAAGAAGUAGAUCUAAAAGGUCAAGAAGCAGAUCUAAAAGGUCAAGAAGCAGAUCUAAAAGGUCAAGAAGCAGAUCUAAAAGGUCAAGAAGCAGAACCAAAAGAUCAAGAAGUAGAUCUAAAAGAUCAAGAAGUAGAUCCAAACGGUCAAGAAGUAGAUCAAAACAGUCAAGAAGUAGAUCAAAACAGUCAAGAAGUAGAUCGAAAAGGUCAAGAAGUGGAUCUAAACUAUCAAGUAGUCGAUCUGAAAGCUCCAGAAGUGACCCUAAAAGGUUAAAAUAUAGUUCAGAGAAGUCACAAAGUAGAUCAGAGAGGCCAACAAAUAUAUCAGAUAAGUCGUCAACUGAUUCGGUGUGUACACAAAAUUCCUGCGAAAGGACAGCAAGCAAAUUGGAAAAACUGGAAGGCCAGUUAACAUCAUCAGUAAACACACUCAAGUCAACAAAUAUGCCAGAUCGGCAGUUAAAAUGAAAAAGGAAACCGGUAAUAAUAAUAAUAAGGUGAAAUAGGGUCAGAAAACAAAUAAGAAUGCAUCGGUAUCUAAAAUGAACGUGGCACAAAUUACAGAACAAGAAAUAUAAUCUCUAUGUGCUGGUCUAGCAUAUACACUACCAUUAAAACAAGUGUGUGUGUGUGUGUUUUUCCUCAGCUUCUCAUUUCAUUGCACCCUGUUUCAUUCCUCCCCUUUUCAUUGUUCAGUUUCAUCAUCCCGUGUUUCAUUGUAUCUUAUUACUUCAUCCCCUGUUUCAUUUUCUUGUUUUAUCAUCUCAUUUCUUCAUCCCCCUUUAUGCUAUUCUCUAUGCUCUUCGUCUCCUGCUUUCAUGUCGUUAAUCCUCUUUUGUGGUUAUGGUUGACUCUCGUAGUGGCCCUCAUGGCUCUAGGGUCCUUUAAUCCGGUCCAUCCAGUGGUCGUCGAGAUUCAGCAUUCGCCGUUCCUUAUCUCCAGUAAAUUUAAAUCUGUAGAGUUUUGCUGGG